AUGGCACGACAGCGGUUCCCGAACUCCGUGGCCAAGUACUACGCCGCCGGAGUCUUUCUUGCUAUUGAGUAUCUACGAUCAAAGGAUAUCAUAGACCGCAGCAUCAAGCCCGAGAACAUGUCAUUGGAUCAACACGGGCAUGUCAAAUUGAUAGAUUUUGGGGAGGCGAAGCAUGUACCGAAUGGAACAGGGACGCUGUGCGGAACCCUGGAAUACAUCGCUCCUGAGAUUAUCGUGAACAGCAAUAAGGGGAAAUACACAAAGUGUGCGGACUGGUGGUCGGGGGGGAUCUUGAUAUUCGAAAUGCUCUCCGGCCACACUCCUUUCCAAGCAGGAGACGAGGACUCGCCGAUGGAGUUCUACGAAAAGCUUCUGGGAGCCCGUUUCAAUUAUCCACCUUACAUCCACCCUGAUGUCGAAUACCCGAUGCAUCAAGUGCUCGUCCCGGAUCCGGAGUGCCGGCUAGGAAACAAGCCGGGUGACACCGAGGGAAUCAAGAAACAUAGAUGGUUUGCUGAAGAUACUUGGGAUCGUCUUCUCCGGAAAGACAUCGACGGACCAUACAUACCGCCGAUCCAAGGCGAGAAGGGAGAUGCCAGUAAGUUUGACAGGUAUGAUGAAGAGGAUUCGGGUGGAGAAGAGGAGGGCGAGGAGUGA